UCAACAGGCGCAGUCGGAGCUCUGCACAUCCACAGGCUCAUUUAACGCACACAUAGCGGAACACGGACGUUUUCGUUUACUUUGACUUGACUCGCUCACUGGUUCCUCUGACUCUCAGCGCCUUCCAGACCUCCAUCUGUGUGCCUGAGGAUCUGUAGGCUCCCUUUCCCCGAUGUAGAGGGAGUUCUCAUCAGCAGCAGACGUGUCCACAACUUGUGUUGUCCCUUGAAGUGGCCCACCAUGCGUGAGUACAAGCUAGUUGUGCUUGGAUCAGGAGGUGUGGGAAAAUCUGCACUGACAGUCCAGUUUGUGCAAGGCAUCUUUGUGGAGAAGUAUGACCCCACCAUAGAGGACUCUUACAGAAAGCAAGUUGAGGUUGAUGGACAACAGUGUAUGCUUGAGAUCCUCGACACGGCUGGAACAGAGCAGUUCACAGCUAUGAGGGACCUUUACAUGAAGAAUGGACAAGGCUUUGCUUUGGUCUACUCUAUUACAGCGCAGUCGACAUUUAACGACCUCCAGGACCUCCGGGAACAGAUCCUGCGAGUAAAAGACACAGAGGAUGUUCCCAUGAUCCUGGUGGGAAACAAGUGCGACUUGGAGGACGAGCGUGUGGUUGGGAAGGAGCAGGGGCAGAACCUGGCUCGUCAGUGGAACAACUGUGCCUUUUUAGAGACCUCAGCUAAAUCAAAGAUCAACGUUAAUGAGAUUUUCUAUGAUCUGGUGCGACAGAUCAACAGAAAAACGCCGAUGGAAAAGAAUAAGACGAAAAAGAAGUCGACUUGCACACUGCUCUAAGACGCGCUCCCACGGUUGCUCCAGGCCAGAAACUUGCAACGAUUAACUGUUUCCCAGUGGAUGAUGCCAGCAUUCCAAAUCCUCUUCAGAGCGUUUUGAAAAAGGCUGACCAAGAAACCUCACCACUUGUAAAAUGGCAGAAGGCACAUACUCUUAACGAAAAUGUUCUGCUUACUAAUGGCAAAGAAACCUACAUACUCUGUAUUGUCGGCCUUAUAACAACUGUCUUUCCUCUUCUCCGUGGUGUCUUUCUUCUGGAAAUUUCUGUGUACAAGAGGAGUCUGUGGAUUUAAAUCCACACAUGGGAACUAAAAAGGUUUUAUUGGAAAUGACAUCAGUUUUUGGCAUAUUUUAAAAUAAUGUUUGCAAAAUAAUUCAUCUGAAAUGUUGGUCUUCAUGCACAUUUCUGCACUAACUGUGUUGAUGAAGAUGCAUCAUUGUUUAUAAGUUACUCACUCCUACUUACAGGGACGUGUACUGAUAACAUCUUUCCUAAGUGACUUUGUUUUAUAUCGCGAGCUGUAAGCCUUCCGUAUUUCCCAUAAUAUAUUCUACUUCCAUUUUUGCAUAAUAAAGUUAAAGAAAUUAGUAUUUUACAGACUCAUGGGGGGUAAAGGGUGCAUUCUGAUUUGUGUUUUGAGGCUGAACUAUAUUGUACUAAGCCACAUCUAAUAUUGCUUCUUGUUAUCCUGUCAGAUAAUUUUCCAGCUUUUAUGAAUGAUUAAAUUUUAGUACAUUUUCA